GCAUUCAGCUAGGUGAUGAGGUGGCAGUGAUGACCCACUCUCCGUCUUGGGACCUCUCUCCAGAAGUCAUGCAACUUCUUGGGUUAACACGCGAUCGGAGGUCCAGUCUCCCCAUACAGGGUGCAUGGAGUGAGGGUUUUGACAACAUGAAAUUACCCUCAUUUCGCCCAGCUUAUUUAUUCUUAGUUCGCGUGCCUUUGGAUGUCAUUCAUGAGUGCUUGCGGCUGAGGCUGGAGCAGAGGAUUCUGGGAAAAGACCCAUCUUUAUUGAGUAUAAAACAGUUAAUACGUGAGUGCAUGGAAGUGCUAAAGGCUGGUGUCCUGUUGAAGCAGUAUUAUCGUCACAUGGUGGCAGCAGUAAUGUGGGAUGACAUCCACGCAGAGGAGAAGUUUGAGAUGGGACUGGAGCAGUUUGAUGCUGACAUGAAGGAGAUGUUAGAGGUCUACUUCAGCUACCUGCAAACCUGGAUGUGUUCAUUGCAAAACUUGCCAGAAGCUUCUAGAGCCCUUAGAAAUGCUCUUGAAGAGCAUUGGACAUUCACCAAGGAAAUUUGUGCCCAUAUCCUAGGGGGAGAGGCAGAGGCAGGGAAGAGAUUUUGCACCAUGGCAAGUAGCCUCCUCAACUCCAUAGCAGACUUUCUGGAGAUUGGCAUAGACGAGUGCAUCCACAACUAUGACUCAACCAUGGUAGAGUCCGUCUCCAUGGAGCACUCCUCCUCAGAGGAGGAAGGGGAGGAGGAGCACACACUCAGGCAUAAUAGAUCCACAGAAUUAAGGUAA